AUGAACCGAGAAAGAAACUCAAAGAGGAUAUUGUGCGCGUCACAAGCACGCAACCCUUUGAACACGGUCUCAUACCAUUCAACUUUCCAAAUAAUCUCCGUCGCCAAUCUCUCUAGAAUUUUCUUCUCCCGCCUCCGUGGACAGUGGUCGAAUCUCCAAACCCUAAUUUCUAAAUGCAAUUCCGAUCCACAAAUUCUCUUACUACCUCGAUCUCCUCUUUGGGGGCUUUUAUUCUCUGAUCUUUCAUGUCUCGCUUUGUGGAAGGACUUUAGAGUUCUCCUCCCUUCAUCUCCCCCAUGGAGGGCUCUGCGGUUGAGGAUCUCGGAGCACCGGAGUCAUGGGAGGUCGCUGAUUUGGACGAAGCCAUGAGUCGAUUGAUGCUCCCUUCUUCAUCUCCUAAGAAGAAUUCCAAAUCCUUGGAUGUUGCUGAUGCUGCUCCUGCCUAUCAUUUCUCAUCCGCUUCGUUUCCUUCCCUUUCUGCUUCAGCUUCUUCUGCUCUCGAUAGGGUUUCCGAGGAUGCUAUCAAUCAGGUUGAUCAAUUCCUUCGUGAGGCUUUGCAUAACCCUCGGGAGCGUCUAUCAAUUUUGCGCAUGGAGCAAGAUGUUGAAAAGUUUAUCCGUGAUCCUGCUCGACAGCAACUAGAGUUUCAGCAGCUGCCUACUUCAUAUUUACGGUUAGCUGCGCAUCGGGUUGCCCAACAUUACUCGCUGCAGUCCAUGGUUCUAUUGGAUAACAGUUUACCUGAUGGGUCUGGUUCCAAAAUUAUUGUUCGCAAGACUUCUGAAUGUCGUCAUCCAGCUAUCCGCCUUGCAGAUAUUCCCGUAAAUCUACCAACAGAAGAAAACAGUAGCAUGAAGGUUGCUAUUAAACAGAGGCCACAGAAGCGGUCCCAACUAGCAAGAGAUGCAAGUGCAAAUUCGUCAAAAACGAGUGGUUCCAAAAGUGUGGAAGAGAGGAAAGAGGAGUAUAAUAAAGCUCGUGCUCGAAUAUUUAGCUCCAGCAGCAAUUCAGGCAGUCAUGCAGGUGGGAAAGUAGAUGCUGAUCCUAGACCACAGGAUAGUUAUCGUGGUUCUUUGAGUGCUGCAAAGGUUGAGGAGAAGAUGAUUCCUGGAAUUCCUGAUACAAAUUUUAGUAGGGGUUUGAUUGACUGUUCCACGAGUAGCAGUAGAAUAAGUAGAAGUAGGACUGACAAGGAGCUGCCUAGUAGGCAGUACAAACCAAAUAGUAGGGUAGCCAUUUUUAGAGAUCGUGAGAUUGACAGCAAGGACCCCGAUUAUGACAGGAGUUAUGAUAGGUAUAUGCAGAGAUUUGAUCCUGGGUUUGGCUUCAGUGGCGGCCCAUACCCUGUGCAGCCCAUGUAUGCUCCUGCAGUGAACUACAACACUGAAUUUCCACAACUUGGCUCUGCUCAUAGACAGGCUGUUUCAGAAUGUCAGCCAAGACCACUCCCUCCUCCUCAUGUACCUGGGCCAUGGAAUACCCAGUCAUCUCCUGCAGGUUUGGGUUACGGUCAUCGAGAAGCAAUGAUUAGGCCUUUUAACCCAAAUGUUGAUGCACAUUCAUCUUCUGGUGUGUAUCUGCAUUCCUCUCAGUAUCCCGGUCAGCAGACUGGAAUGCAUUUUAUUCAUCCUCACGAACAAACUCAUCAACCCUUUUCACAGCAGUACCAACAGCAACCAGAUGCAAGUUUUGGAUUAGCGCGGCCCCGGUGAGGGGCAUGGGCCAUGCCUGCUCCCUGCCAUCUGGUAGUUGAGAUAUAUCGUGGGGUUUUCAGUGAAUUUUUUUUACUUGAAAUGGCAGGGAGCAGGCAUGAAGAACUGAGGUGGGCAAAGAAGAAGGAUCUAUAUUUUCUGGGAUUUGAUACGCUUCUCCCCACCAUCAGUUUCAUUGGAGCUUCUUACAUCUCUUAUGGUUGGCGAGGAAGCUCAAUGAUUUGAAGUUUGUGUUAGUAGGCUGAGCUGUUCAGGUUGCUCUUGCUACUGAUAAUGUUCAAAGAAGAAUCAGCAGCCUGUUGGGAAUGCUCCUGCAAGAUUUUGGACGAAGCGCAUGGUAGGAUAUGGUUUUUCAUCAUUGCAAAACUAGUGCUGUGCUUGUACGGAUGUAAAAAAUUUAGCAAAAUGAAAUGUCAAGUAAGAAACCUCGAAUGACACAGUCAAGUGAAGAUCGAACUUGGGAUAGACAUGUGGAUCAAGAGAGAGCUGUUGCUGCCGAGGGGCGAGUACCAGUCAGGAACCUCAUAUUCUUGCCAACAUCGAUUCCACAUUUUUAGCUAUGAGCUCUGCUAAAUCCUAUGUUUAUUCUUUCUCAGGGUCAAAUACGGAUGCCUGGUGAAUGGAAAUCGUGUUUCAUUUCCUGUUCACCUUUAGCAGUUGGAGCAAAUCUUGGGAUUGGCUACUCGUAGGAUCGAGUGGCAGUUUCUUCACUCCUUGAUCAAAACGCAGCUUUGGCUGGUAUCGAGCUUUGAUAAUGGAGGGAGGGUGGCGCGGUUGCUCUUUGUGAAUAAUCAUCAAGUUCAUACUUUGAAUGUAAGUUGCAUACAGCAUCAUAUACACCAUAUCUUCAGCUUCUCGUACCUGAAGAAUCUCUGUACUAUACUUCAACACCUUUCUAUAUUUGAUUUAGUAUAGUAUUAGAAUCAUUAUAUAUGGUGAAUCUUUAAUUAUAGGUUUGAACAUCGUUGUGGAGAGUUGAGACUGGAAAUUUUCUUGUGAUUUUUAUUAAAGAUCAUCGAUAAUAUAUUUAGUUAAUUGCAAAUAA